UGGAACACACAUUAAGGUGAUUGUGCCAAAGGAGUUGGAGCCCCAACACAGGAAUAGGAAAGGUUACACAAGUGAAAAUGUUAUGGCAGUGUGUGAUUUUGAUAUGAGGUUCACGUUUGUUGUUCCCGGAUGGCCCGGAUCUGUUCAUGACACACGUGUAUGGAGCGAUGCCAUAGUUCGUUAUGAUCACUUUCCACAACCCCCCACAGAUAAAUAUUAUCUUGUCGACUCCGGAUAUCCAAACAGGGUUGGAUAUCUAUCUCCAUACAAAGGGCAACGAUACCAUGUACCAGAUUUCCAACAACACCCACCAGUUGGGAGAUAUGAGACAUUCAACCAUCGACAUUCUUCAUUGCGAAAUGUCAUCGAAAGAACAUUUGGUGUUCUCAAGAUGAAAUGGCGAAUUCUUGGAGAUGGAGGCAUACCUCGGUACAAACCUGAGACCCAAAAGAUGAUUGUCACUGCAUGCAUGUGUCUCCACAAUUGGAUUCGUGAUAGCAAGUUACGUGAUGAGCAUUUUGACAAGUUCGACAAUGAUGCAUAUGUGCAACCUCCAUUGCCGUUUACAGGUGCCAAUGCUCUACCACCAGAAGAUGAUGGUACCAUGAACGUAGUACGUGAGGCGAUUGCUGCUAGUCUCGUACCUUGAGAUUAUCUUUUUUUAGUUCAUCCACUUUUGUAAUGAACAAAUCUUUAAAUCCAUUCUAAAUGUAAUAUUUAGCACUUUUUAUGACA